UAAUCAACCAAUAAAAAUAGAAUCUCAAAUACAAAGGAACUCUUGAACCCUUAUUAUAAAUAACUAGAACCCUAGUUCCCAAUUUCCAUAACCAUUUGAAGCAUUAGGCAGAAAUAUUCAGCAAAAAGUUAUAAGAAAAACAAAAAGGGAAAGAAUGAUGAAGAAAGUAAUUGCCGUCCUGCUACUUUCCAUUGUCUGCUCAUCAACAUGCAGCCUGGCAGCUGACAAAAAUGAAGAGACACAAACGCCACCAAAAGGAGUGGCACCAAACUGGCCAUGGCACCGCGUUUCUAAGCAACAACCGGGUCGGGCAUAUCCCACAGGCCCUUGGAAUCAACCUUGGGCUAAAGGGUUUCCACCCAUGCCUUCUCCAGUGCCAGUCGUUCCAUCUCCAUCUCCUAUUGCUAAGUGCUUUAAAGAGUUCCAUAUUGAACGGGGAUGUUACCAGCAGAUCCUGACUUCCUUUUUCACUCAUAAGCUGAAUCUGGCACCUGAGUGCUGCAAGGUUGUAUCAGCAAUCAGUGACGACUGUGUGGGAACCAUUUUUGCUAGGUUUAAUAACCCUUUCUUUGCUCACCUUUUGAAGAAACAUUGCUCUAGUCAAGGUCAUUAGGGUUUCUUUUUUAUUUUUAUUACUUUUUCUUUAUUUUCUAUUAGGUUAUAAAAGUUAUUUAAUUAAUUAUUAUUAGGAUAAGUAGCUAGUAGUUACCUUUUGUUCUAUUACAUGCUAUGUAUGCUCUUUUCGGAUGAUCGGAAGAAUAAAGAUUACUUUUAUA